AUGGUAUUAACAGCAUCAGAACAAGCAGCUAUACUAAAUAGUUGUAUAUCAAAUAUAAAACAUCAAUCAAAUCUUAUGAAGAAUGAUUUAGAUGAAAAUAAAUUACUACCAGCUUUGAAACAUUGUUCGAAUUUUCUUAGCGAAUUAAGAACAAACCAAUUAACACCCAAGCAAUAUUAUGAAAUUUAUAUGUUAGUAUUUGAUUCUUUAGAAAAUUUAAGUUUAUAUUUAAGUAAUAAUAAUUCAACCACCACAACAACAGAAACUUCUUCACAAAAUGCAUUUUUAGCUGAUCUUUAUGAAAUUGUACAAUAUUCUGGAAAUAUUAUACCAAGAUUGUAUAUGAUGAUUGUUAUAGGUACAACAUAUAUGAAUUUUCAAAAUUCUCCAACAAAAGAUUUAAUGAAAGAUAUGAUUGAAAUGUGUCACGGAGUUCAACAUCCUAUAAGGGGAUUAUUCUUGAGAUAUUACUUAUCACAAAGAAUUAAAAACUUAUUACCAUUUGGAAAUAAACAAGAUUUUAAUGAAACAAUUGAGUUUUUAAUUAAUAAUUUUAUUGAAAUGAAUAAAUUAUGGGUAAGAUUACAACAUCAAGGUCAUUCAUCAGAAAGAGAACUUAGAUAUAAAGAAAGGAAAGAAUUGAAAAUUUUAGUUGGAUCUAACUUAGUUAGAUUAAGUCAAAUUAUGGAUGAUUAUGAAGCAUUAAACCAAAAAGAAACUGAAGAAAAUGAAAAAACAGAGAAAUUCUCACUGAUUGAAUUUUAUCAAGAUAAAGUAUUUCCCAUCAUAACUGAACAAAUCAUACAAUGUAAAGAUCAUUUGGCUCAAACUUAUUUAAUUGAUGUUAUAAUACAAAUUUUCCCAGAUGAAUUUCAUUUUGCAACUUUAGAAAAAUUAUUAAAUGAUGUAUUUAUAAAUUUACAUCCAUUAUUGAGUAAAAGUGAAUUAGUAAGUACUUUAAUUGAUAAAUUUAUAACUUAUGAUAAAUUCAAUAAUGAUAUGGAAAAUCUUUCAAUUAAUGGAAACACCACAAAAAAAGUUGAUGUUGAUGAAUUAUUUCAAAUAUUUUGGAAAUUUUAUUUGAAUAUGGUUGAAAAUGAAAAUUUAGAAUUAUCAGUUGAAGAAAAUUCCAAGUUGUUACAAUCAUUUAUUAAUUUAUCUUUGACUUUUGAUUCAAAUAAUUUUAAAAAUUUAGAUAUAAUUUAUAAAUUUGCAGGAGAUUAUUUGAUUAAUAAACUUGAAGGUAAUGAAGAAGAACAACAAGAUUUAUUAAUACUGUUAUUAAUGGAGUCAAUCAAAAAAUUUACCUCAAUUAAAACCAUUUUCACAUUUCAAAAUUUUUAUUCCUUUUUUGAAAAAUUAAAUAAAUCAUUACAGAAAGAAAUAUCUCUAGCUCUUAUAGAUAAAAUAUUGGAGUUAUAUAAUGGAGAUGAAUUUUUCACAACAGCAAAUGAAAUCGAUGGAAUAUUUAAAUACUUAUUAAUAUUAAUAAAAGAUUCUCCUUCAAACUUAGAUACUGCAAAAGAUUUAGGAAUUACCAAAACAAUUAAAAUCAAUAAUGGUGAAAAAUUAAUAACUCCAGAAUACUUGGAAGUGCAAGAAAAAAUAAGUUCAGUCAUACAAUUAAUCAAUGAUCCAAAAGAUUUAAAUAAAUCAAUAAAUAAUUUAUUUUAUAUUAGAAAAAAAUAUCUCAACAGAAAUCAUGAAAAUAUCAUAUUCACAUAUCCAUCAUUAAUUUCACAAAUACUUUUCAAACUCAAGAUAUUAGGUUAUAUAAAUUUAAAAAAUCCAACAGAAGAAAAACAAAGAAUUUUAAUUUCAAAUUUUAAAAAUUUAUCAAUUAUAAUAGAUGAAUUAUAUCAAAUUCAUUAUGAAUAUUCAUCAGAAUUAAUUUUGUCAAUUUAUUUAAAUAUUGCAUCAGUUUCAGAUCAAUUGAAAUUAAGCUCAAUAACUUUUGAAAUUUUCAAUCAAAUUUUUAUAAUAUAUGAAGAAAAUUUAUUAAUGUUAGGUCAUCAAUAUAAACCAUAUUUAGAAAUAAAUCCUUAUGAUUCUUUAUCAAAUGGUUCAAUUGCUUAUCAAUCUAUUAUAGCAAUAGCAAAUACAUUAAUUAAAAUUAGAUUUUUAAAUAAAGAUCAAUAUAAUGAAUUAAUUACAAAAUUAACAUUAUAUGGUUCAAAGAUUUUAAAAAAACAAGAUCAAUGUAGAGCAGUUUAUUCAUGUGCUCAUUUAUGGUGGUGGUCUGAAACUUUAUUACCACCAAAUGAAAAAUCACCAAUAGUUGAAGAACAAGAAGAAGAAGAAAAAGAAGAAGAAAGAGAAGAAAAAGAGAAAGAGAAAGACGUAAAGAAAGAAGAAUCAACUGAAGAAUCAAAUAUAAAAGAUCCUGAAACAGAAUCUAAUCAAUUAGAAAUUAUUCCUCAAUUAUAUAGAGAUCCAAAAAGAGUAUUAGAAUGUUUACAAAAAUCAUUAAGAAUUGCUGAUUCAUCAAUUGAUCCAUAUUUAUCAUUACAUUUAUUUAUUGAAAUAUUAAAUAAAUGUUUAAUUUUUCAAAUUUAUGGUAAUAAUUUAAUAAAUUUAAAUUAUUUAAAUGGAUUAAUUAAUUUAAUUAAAACAAAUAUUGAAAAUUUAAAUGAUUCAAAUAAUUUAAAUAAUGAUGAAUUAAAUAAUAAUGAAGAAGAAGAAGAAAAUAAAGAAUUAAAAAUUUUUAAAUCUAGUAUCAAAUUUUUCAAUGAUACCCUAAAACAAAUUGAUGAACUUUUGCACGUGAAGAAGAUAUGA